GUCGACGUCCACCGUGACCGUCUCCGCCGUAGCGACAGUCUCGGACACGGCGACCGCCGUCGACCUGGUCACCACGAACAGCGCCUCCACGACGACGUCGACCAAGUCCAUCACGGCGACGACCUCCGCCACGGCGACCCAGACAGCAUCCACAUGCCUAGUCGGCGCGUCACUGGGCGCGUUCAAAGCCAACGGGACGCAGUCGGGCAGCACGGUGCUCAUCUACGCGAACCUGCUCAACGGGCUGACGGGAGGGAUCACGUGGAACGGGGCGUCCGGGUCGACGGCGGCGAGCGUGCAGAACAAGUACGUGUGGGCACUCGACGACGCAGGGCGGCUGAACCUCGCGUAUAACGUACCGCCUUAUACAUACCACUACUAUGCGUACAUGUCG